CUUUCAAGUUCAGUGCCUGAUUGGAUAGGAGCUAGUCUUCCAGAUUUGGUUAUUCUUAUGCUUCAGUUUAAUCAGCUUAGUGGAAGUUUGCCUUCACAGUUAUGUCACCUACCACAUCUUCAAAUAUUGGAUGUCUCUGUGAAUGAAAUCUCGGGAACUAUACCAAAAUGCCUCAACAAUUUGACUUCUUUGGCACAAGAAGGAAAUUCAAAUCUAACCAUCAGGCAUUCUUUUAAUAUAUCUCAGGCCGAACCACCUAUGACUUCUCUUUAUUAUGAUGAUGAUGCAACAUUCAUGUGGAAAGGAACAUUGGCUUCAUACAAAAGUAUUUUGGGACUAGUCAAGAGAAUUGAUCUCUCAAGCAACAGAUUAACUGGGGAGAUUCCAAGUGAAAUCACUUACCUUGUUGGAUUGCUUUCUCUGAACCUGUCAAGGAACAAUUUAAGUGGACAAAUCCCUCUAGAUAUCGGAAAGUUGAAGUUAUUAGAUUCACUUGAUUUGUCAAGAAACAAGAUAGGUGGUGGGAUCCCGACAAGCCUUACUCAUAUAGAUAGACUUGGCGCCAUGGAUUUGUCAUAUAACAACUUGUCUGGUGAAAUUCCAACUGGCACUCAGCUCCAGAGCUUUAAUGCCUCAUCUUAUAUUGGAAAUCCUUGGUUGUGCGGACUUCCACUUCAUGUUUGUGAUCCAGAGGGGACAGGUCGACCUAAUGUCUCGAGUGGUGAAGAUGAUGCAGAUGAGCUCAUCACGCAAGGGUUUUACAUAAGUCUGGGACUUGGAUUUGCUGUUGGAUUCUGGGGAAUAUGUGGAAGUUUGAUAUUCAAGAAGUCAUGGAGAUAUGCAUACUACAAUUUCUUGAAUGCUUCAAAUGAUUGGCUUUAUGUGAAG